AACACACUAUAACAUCUUUUUUGUGUUCACAGUAGUUUGUUUCAGUACAUACAAGUGUGUAACAGUGUAAGCUAAAAACCUGGCAUGUUUACGCUUUCAUCUUGUACAUUUUGUUGCUUACGUUACAGAGCUGAUACAGAUCACGUCUGUGAGUUUCAUGAUAUCCCGGAACCGGCCAUCAUGGCAUCUCAAUUCUGGAGGGAUAACUGUGGCAACCGCCUCAACAUGUUCAUCAACAUGGAGAAGUUUUGUGAUGCUUGCAUUAAGUUUGGGGACGGCAGCAGCUCCUUCACCCUGAAUUGUCACUAUGUGGUACUGGCGCUGCACAGUGAUGUUUUUAGGGACACAUUCGAGGAGUAUCCAAUAAAGGAGAGUAAGAGGUGUAUCAGUUUCACAACGUACUCGCAGGUUGAACAAACUGUUAUAGCUGAUAUAAUCCUGUCAUUCUACAACGGGGUUCUUGCCAUUGACGAGCAGAACUUCUCAACUGUUUACAAGUUCAGCAUCAACUACAAGAUCUUCUGGAUACAAGAACAAGCUCUGGUUGAGCUCCACACCUUUGUGAAUGGGAGCAAUGUUGUAAAGUUCCUGCAGCUCUCCGAGGAGACGAGAUGUAAGAAGUUACGAGGAGAGCUCAUCAGGUUUAUAGUUCAGACCAGACUGUCGGACUACCGCCGGGUGAUCUCCCCCGCUCAGCUCCAGUCUCUCUCUCCCACCACUCUCAAGAUGUUUCUAAAGGCAACUAAACAGCUGGAUGAUCGCCCUGAGUUGAAGACUCUACAGGGAGUCAUCACUUGGAUGGGAGACAGUGUGGUCAGGAUAGCGUACAUCACCAAACUGUUCGAGUCCAUUUGUUGGGAACGGCUUGCUGGCUCGGAGAGACUUGUAGAGACUCUUACACAGAAACUUGAGGAAGAACUGUUCCCCAAACUGUCAGAGGAGCAGGAGACGUAUGUUAAGAAGUGUCUCCAAGAUGCUGCUAACUUCGCUGCUUGUUCGGGUACCAUGGAGGAGGCUCUCGCUGUCUUCGCUACCUCACGCUGGACUUCCUUUCCUCUGGAGCUAGCAGAAUUUGUGCUGUCUAACGAUUUUAUCAGUGCAACAAACGAGUAUGUAAUCGCGGAAGCUGCCCUAGUUUGGCUAGACAAUCAGGAUAGAGGUAAGCUUCAGAUCCCAGGCAUACUAUCCAUAUUAUCUUCAAUCCGAGCUGAUGAACUGCAUUGUAGUUACAUUCUAAAAACGCUGCAGCCCCACAUCAUCAGAUACGAGGUGUCUCCAAGUGAUUGGAUCCAGAUCUGCUCUCAAGGGCAUAACCCCCGCAAGAACACCGACCACACAGUCAGCGGUUCCGUGGUCACUCUACUCUCCCCUCCUGGCAAGAAAGGGAAGGAGUUGUUAGCUCUGAAGAACGGAACCUACACCCUGACUGGCUCCUGCAAGUGCUCCUACCUCUCUACAACAGGUCCAGUAGACUGUCUGAGUGUUACAAUAACAGUCAGCACAAAGGCUGCUCCCCCUGUUGCUGUUAAGAGGUCUCAGUGUGAGUUCUGUAAUAGGAUUGUUCUCCAUGUGUUCUGUGAUAGCGAGAAGUCGGCUCUUUUCCCGUCUCUAACCUGUGGUAAUACGGCUCGUAUCAAACAGGUUCUGAAACAGCCUGAUUUAACGUUCUACGCGGUGUUAAGUGAAGCAGAGGACCGGAGUUUAGGAGUCAGAAGAGCUUCUUGGUACAAGACCCCUGUAAGAACAGUUGUAAGGACUCUCGCUAAUAACAACGUGUCUUCUCUUACUGAGUACGAGCUGUUGGAGGCUGCUCUGGAUUGGCUAGAUUUCAGAAUGCCUGAUAAGACUUAUCAGGAGAUUAUCUUGUCUUGUAUUAGGUUCAGUUUACUCCACGAGACUUACCUCAAAGAUGUCAUAGUCAGGUACCUUAAAAACAACUACUUUGUCAAAUCAGAACUGAUAAAAUGUCUGCUAAAGCCAGGCAGCCAGGAGAGGAGAGGUUCCUCCAUCAGCUCAUGUUACAAGAAGAUCCUAACCUGCAGAGUUCCACUACCUGUUGUGGAGCUGAGACAAGGAGACCAUGUUAUCUACGAGGAGUGCCUGUGUGAAGUGAGCAGCUCCCAGGGUGAGAUCUACUCCGGGACCCUCACAAUCACCCUCACCGUCACCGUGAAACAGAUCCCUGCUCUAACCAUCACCGCUAAAUGCAGCAAAUGUAAUGUGUCCCUCCGGCACGCCUAUCUAACCACCAGUUCCAGACUCCCCUCCUUCCCGGGUCUAGCCACCGCCUCAGUGUACCGCCUCAGAGAACUGUUUACAGGCUGUCUCCAGAGAAGUGAGUCUAGUGAGAGUGAUGCGAGUACGCCCAGUGAGGGGGGUUCUGUUAGUAGGACAGUGAGUAGAGAGUUUCCUGGGCUCAUUCCCAUGGAUAAACUCGCUAUCAAUCUCAUACUGGGUCCUUGAUGAUGGACUUCCCUGGAGUUAUGCUCCUGGAUAAACUUGCCGCCAAUAUUGUGCUUUCGGGUAAUUUGCUUGCUGAUUAUACUGUUUGGGCUUUACUACCAGAUGUUUCGGUUUUGUUAUCAGAUACUUAUUAAUAGAUUCGUAAUCACUUCUGCGGACAAAAUUGCAAUUCCUAUUAGUAUUACGCAAUGUAAUUCCUACAGGGCAUAAAUAGACGAUUUAGAUAUCAGAUGAUUUUAUCUAAUUUCGAUCACAAAACUGUUACCUAAAUAACC